AUGUCUCUCCUCAACCUCAUCUGGGCUCUUAUCCUUGUCAUCGCUUCCCAGCAUGCGUCGGCCCAAAAAUGGCGUAGAGCCGACCUCACCAACUACUGGUCGUACCCGCCAUGCUGUGACGACCCGAAUUAUCCUGACCAGAGCGAAUGCAGGGAUUACAGCGGGUGCAAAUAUCGCGGACAAUUCGCCUUCGUUUCCGGGACAAAGUCGGAGGCCUGGGUCAAGGCGAACAACAUUAUCGCCAUUCACCACAAAGACGCCGGAAAGUAUAAGUUGAAAACUUUGGAGUUACGGGCGAACGGUAAAACUAUCAAGGCGAAGGUUUACGACGAAUGCAACGAUAAAGAUUGUAACAAUUGCUGCACAAAGAAUUCGAAGAGGACGAAAUUUCUCAUUGAUAUUGAACGAAAUACGAUGAAGCAUUUCGGUGGUAAGGGGGACGGUAUUGUUGAGUGGAGGUGUCUCGAUUGUUAAAUAAGUGUAAUAAUUUGUUUAUUGAUUAAUUGGGUAUAUAAUUUGUUAUUAUAAAACUUGUCGUGUAUUAAGAAACCGCAUAAAGUGUGAUUGAAUUACAAAAACCUACUCCGAGCAACUUUGCGGGGCCUUUUAAGAUGGCAUUAAUGCCAUCUUGGUAGUUAAUGACAACACAUUUGGGUGGAAAAGACCCCCACCGGCCAACCACUCGA